AUGAGUCUUUUGUUGGAUGAAAAUUCUCAGCCACAGAAUAUUGGUAAUUAUCAAUUUAUAGAACGAAUAGGGCGAGGAGGAAUGGCUUCGGUCUGGAAAGCUCAGCAUAUUCCUUCAAAAUUAUUUGUUGCAAUUAAAGCUAUUCCAAAAGAGCUGAUACAAAAUGACAAAAAACAAAUGCGGUUUAUAAGAGAAGUCGAAUUGAUGAAACAAAUGGAUCAUCCUUUCAUAGUUCAAUUAUAUCAAACCUUGGAAGAUGAAAAUUAUCAUUAUUUAGUUAUGGAAUAUCUUCCUAAUGGAAACCUUGACGAUUACAUACAAGAAAAAGGACCAAUACCAGAAGGUAUGAUGGGAAGGAUAUUCGCUCAAAUUUACUCGGUUUUAUACUACCUCCAUAAAGUUGUUAAGAUUUCUCAUCGAGAUUUGAAAGCCGAAAAUGUUCUACUAGAUCAAAAUUAUAAUAUCCGAAUAAUAGAUUUCGGAUUGAGCACUACUUUUGUUGAUGAAAAUACAGAAUUUUUUACUAGAUGCGGAUCUCAAUAUUAUAUGGCUCCUGAAAUAUUCAAAAAUGAACCUUACAAGCUCGGCUCCGAUAUUUGGUCGCUAGGUGUAUUACUUUACUUGAUGGCCGUGGGUAAACUCCCAUUUAAGGAUACCGACUCCCAAGGUACCAUGAACAAAAUUCUCUUCUCAAAUCCUAUUUACCCUCCAACGAUGACUCAAUCAUUACAAGAUUUAUUGAACCGUAUGAUGACAAAGAACCCAAACGAACGCAUUUCCUGCGAUGAUAUUUCAACACAUCCAUGGUUUUCACCUCGAGAAUACACAUAUACGAUGAUAAUUACUGAACAAUGGAAAGAUUUCGAUAUUAACCUUUCUGUUAUACCUAAAAUGGAACAGAUGGGAAUUUCAAUAGAUAACAUUCGCCAAAAUAUUACUUUAAAGGUAUUCAAUGAGAGUACAGCUAUUUAUCGUAUUUUAUGUCGAAAUGAUUAUAUCGAAAAGCUCCAAAGAAUACCUCGCUCACAGACAUUCAAACCAAUACACGGGCGUGCAAGAUCUGAUACUUGCAAUAGGCUAAAACAAAUACAAGGCUCAGCCUCAACGAACGGAAUCAAUAAAUUAAAGGAUUCAACUCCGCCACCAGAUGAGAUACCUAGAUCAAUAGGUUUUCAAAAAUUGCCAAUAUCUACACCUCCUGCCGAAGAGAAGAAGAAAUAUACGUUCAGGCCACGUAGUAGAUCGAGAUCAACCAAGACGGCUUUGAUGCUUACGGAGGCUUUUGACUGA